GGAGGUUGGUGGUGGUGGGAUAGUAGUAGCAGCAGCAGCAGCAGCGUGCACCCUCUUCGCCUUCUAUACAACAACAACAAUAACAACAACAACAAGAACAACAACACGAACUCGACGACGACGCGGAUGGAGAGUAACUGGGAACUCGGGCAUCAGCAGCAGCAGCAGUCGAGCUGCGAACUGUGCGGCGCCAUGGAGAACUUGCUGCGUUGCGGGAGGUGCAAGAGCUCCUUCUACUGCUCCCGUGAGCACCAAGUCUCGCAUUGGAAGUCGCACCGACGCCGAUGCCGACUGCCGCCCGACCCGACGCCCACCUCGGCGGGCAGACUGCCCGGGCCCGUAACGGCGGCGGCAGCGGCGGCAUCACCGUCGGACUCUGCAGUAUCGUCGGUAUCGGCCAUAGCCGCCUCCUCGGCUGUGUCAACCACAGCCGCUGCUGCUGCUGUUGUUGUUGCUGCUGCUGCUGUUGUUGUUGAUGUGUUACCAUCGACUACAGCUACUACUACUGCUGCUGUAUUAGCUACAGCUGCUGCUGUGUCAGCCCCGGUUGUGUCGGCCACGCCGCGGCUGAACGGCAGGCUCAAGCAAGACGACGACGAUGAUGAAGACGAUGAAGACGACGAUGAUGAUGUUGGUGAUGAUGAUGAUGACGACGUUGCGGUGGCGGUGGUGGCGGACAAAGUGAGCAGGACUGAUGAGGUGGAGGCCAGGGGACGCGGCAGGGGCAAGACGAGGAGGAAAGGAGGUGGAGGUGCUGGUGGAGGUGGUGCUGGUGGUGGAGGAGGAGGAGGAGCGAAAGGAGACGAUCUGACGCAGACUGGACGGCAUCAGUCGCACGGCGGCCAGCACGCAGAGACGCAGGUGGUGGUGGCAACGGCACCAUUGACACUGGCGUCAGCGACAGAUAAGGGCGCGACACCAGAACCUCUGAGCAAGAGCAACGGACGUGGCCCCAACGGGCAACCGGCACGGCCCAGCAUGGCUCAGCGCGCCACCUCCUACGUAGUGCCGUGCAUGGAGAAACUCGGCAUCUGCAUGGUGGAGGACUUCCUGGGCGAGGAGACCGGCAGCGCCAUCCUCGCCGAGGUCAAGCGGCUCCACGGCAGCGGCAAGUUCUGCGACGGGCAGCUCGUGGGUCAGCUGCGAGCCAAGGGCGGCUCGGAAACGUCGCCCGCUUCUGCUGCCUCCUCGUCCUCCUCGUCCUCCAGCUCAUCGUCGUCGUCCUCCUCGUCGUCGGUCAUCGCCGGGGCGGCACUUUCGCCGCCGUCUGCGAUCCGCGGCGAUAAGAUCGCGUGGAUCAGCGGGAGCGAGCCGGGCUGCGAGAAGAUCGCCUACCUGAUGUCGCAGAUGGACGAGUUGAUCAGACAUUGCGCCGGACGCCUGGGGAUCUACAACAUCAACGGACGCACCAAGGCCAUGGUGGCCUGUUACCCAGGGAAAGGUGCCGGCUACGUUCGCCACGUGGACAACCCAAACGGGGACGGCCGCUGUGUCACGUGCAUCUACUACCUCAACAAGAACUGGGACAGCAAGGUCCACGGUGGUGUGCUGCGGAUUUUCCCCGAGGGAAAGCCACAGUUUGCGGACAUCGAGCCCAUAUUUGACCGUCUACUCCUGUUCUGGUCGGACCGUAGGAACCCGCACGAGGUGCAGGCUUCGUACUCGACGCGGUAUGCCAUUACGGUGUGGUACUUCGACAAAGAGGAACGUGCUCAAGCCAUCAAGAGACACUCAUUGGCUGCAGGAGAGAAGGACAUGAAGGUGUCGCUGAGCCAGGCGGAGGCGGGGAACCAGCACACCACGCGGCCACCACAGAACGGCGCUAGUGACGCUCGUGCGAGACACUGACCCAACGUCCCCAGCACUGUGUGAUUAGCGACGUGACCAUUUUUCCUUUCUGGUUUCUUCGUGUUCUUAGAAAAGGUGCAAUUUUUAUUUUCUGUCCGUGUGUCUAAUUGUACAAUUUUUUCAUCCAGAUUUUUACAUUAUUAUUAUACAUCCCAGUUUUAAAGUCAGAUUAUUAUUGCUGCCAUAUUUUAUGUUAAAUGGCCAACAUUGCAGGUAAAAAAAUGAAUAUUUGUAAAUAGACUAUAGCAUAAUAAUAAUAAUAAUUUGUAUGCUGCUCAUUUAAUUGUAACUGAUUCCAAACGAUUCUUAUUGGUUCCAAUAGCUGUAUUUGAUAACGUGUUUAAAAGGAAAUUGGUAUACAUUCCAGAUAAUUCUAAUGUAUGGCAUUUCCGCAUGAAUUCUGAAUAAUUAUAUGUUAUUCAAGCGACAGUUUUGAGCGACUGGCGCUGUGUCUAGAGAUAGCGUUUUUAUUUUGAACUUGAAAAAAUCAAUUAGACUUAGUGUUACGUGCGUACAAUACCUCUUUUCCACCGUACUAAACCCGCGCCGUGCCUAUGCCGAGCCUAGCCCGGCGCGGCUGAAGAGGAGGUGCCGCAUUUUUCCCAAGGCAGAAGUUGAGCCGUGCCGCUGACGUCUCGCGCAAUGAAUGUGUCCUGUGAGGGGCCCUGCACUGGCUCAGCUCGUAUGUGCCAAUGGAAAAGGGGUAGUGUAUAUAUUUUCAAAUGUUGGCCUUAUAAUGCCAUUGAAUUUAUAUGGAAAUCCUCGAAAUGAAUAAUACAUCAUUACAUAGGUCAGCUGCAAAAGAACAGCCUUAAAAAAAACAACAGUUCUCUUUGGGAUAAAUGCAGUGUGUGAACAGCACAAUUUACGUCCGUAAAAGAUGACGCACACAUUAAGCCAGGACUGAUAGCAGCUGUGGGAUGCUGCCGAUAUGUAAUGGUUAGCACAUUGAACUUGCUACCUAGUGAACGUUGGGUCGAUCUCCUAGCGCGCGGCAGUUGAAACAACGCUGCAGAUUUCUUAAAUCCCCCAAACCUCUGUCCACCCAGCAGUGUUAAAUCGUCCAGUACGUCUGGUCACUAUGUACGUAUGUUGAACUUCUUUCACGUAGUACGUAGCCAACGGUGCUAAUCUGAGGUGCGGCGGAAGGACAACAAACUAAACAAAAAAAGUAGUGCUCAAGAAACAAGUUUUCGAUCUAGAUUUAAAAGUGCAUAGCGCCAGUGACUUCAUUAUAUCGGAAGGAAAGAGCGUUCCAGACGGCCGCAUAAGCUCAUCUAAAAGCACGUUAUGCUAGACAGGGGUCGGCAACCAAAAUAACAAGAAGAGCCAUUUCUUUCCAAUUCGGUACAAAAUUCAGUAUUUCAAGAGCCGCAAUGCAUCUGAGUACAUACUGUACAUACGUACUCAUCGUCAAGAAGCAGCCCGUAAAGAGCCGCAUGCGGCUCCGGAGCCGUAGGUUGCCGACCCCUGUGCUAGACAAAAGUUGCUGUGAGGAUGUGUGGCAGAGUAGGCCAGAUACCUUUUAGUAGAUGAGCUCUCUAGGGCUCCCUCAAUUCGAGGCCUUUUCACCAACAGUGGCUUGGGCAAGAAUUUGCAGGGCUGCACCAAACGGUGACUGUCACAUUAUCUUAUCUUGAGAUUUGAAGAAAGAUUUUGAGGAAAUUAUUUUUUACGGAAACAUUUUUUGGAGCUAAUUGUUUUUUUUACAAUAUGUAAAUUUAUAUAAGAGAGAUGAUACAUCUUUAAAGUUCGCAUUUGAGGGAAAUCGUCCGCAUUGCAACCCCAUGUUUGUUGUGGAAUGUCCAUAUUCAUCAGAUGGGGGGAGGUUUGUGCAUAGAACAUCUGCUGACAGACUAAUGCCCAUUUGCAGACCAGUGCUGCAUUUGUCUUUUUCACACACAGAGACAGCUGCCACUGGGGGGGGGAUCCCCUUGGCUAGACUGAAGCAGGUCAUCGAAAUGGUUGCUACGUGGUGCUUUGAGUGACGGAGGCAAUUAAGCGUCCUGAAAAUGCGCAAAUCCUUAAAAAAUGUACAAUAAUGUAAAUACGUUGUAUAAGAAUGCAAUGGAUUCUUAAAAAAACCAUGCAAAACAAUAACGCAGGAAAUAAAAACAAAAAAUGAUGUACAUAUUUUUAAUUGUGAAAAUUUGUUUACAAUAACAAUGCUGUCGAUAUUUUAAACGUAAUUGAUGUGGCCGCAUGAGUAGUAUAAUGAAACUGCAGCUGCAUGUCCACACUACCGUAUAGCAUUAUGACUGGGCACCCAGUCUGCUGUGCAAGAUAUAUUCAACCAUUCCGAGAUUUACGCACGGUACAACGUUGCACAUCUGACGCAGAAAUGCUAAAUAGGCAGAGAUAUAUCGCAAACUGCUUUAAACAAGGGUCAAAAGCUUCACUGUGCUCUAGAAGUGAGCGAAUGUACGCAAGAUUAAGAAUACAUUUCUGUUUGUCAAAAGAUUGUGUAAUUGAACAUCUGUAAAAACCACAGUUGCAUCAUGCUUCAAGUGCUGCAUUGGGUGUGGGCGGUUAGGCGGCCAGGGUAAGAUAUACGAUGUGACUACGUUCGGGAUAUGUGACGUAUCACCUGGAAUAAUUUUUAAAUGCUGGUAUUGAUUUAGGGACCCAAUCUUUGGGUUCCGCCUGCAAACCCGGUCAUUCUGGCGCCCUACGCUUAAACGCCGGGAAGAGCGGAGUUUCGGUCGAUAUCUCGGGAGCAAACAUAAGGCAAGGGCUUACGUGGUUUUGUUAGAAUGCAUUAGGUUGCAGCAUCAUUUGGAUUGAAGCACACCCCUUGGGAGCAAGGCCAUGUUAGCUUAUAUCAGAAGUCGUGUGCUUGUACCCAAAAAAUGCCCAUUGCCUUCCCCCCACCAGUGUAAAAUGUAAGGACGUGUUGCUUAUAAUACAACUGUGCUUGUAUUACGUGUGCUUAUAUGCAUCUUAACUGUCUUUAAAAAAACGACUUCUCAUUGUAAAAUAUCUACGGUCGUGAGAUGCGUUACCGGGUAGCGUGUCAUCCAAUCUUAAUAUUCUGACUUUUGUACUCUGAUGGGGGCUCGUAGAUGAAGUGCACAUUACGAGAGCAGGAGUAAGUCAACUCGAUUACUGCGAUCGAGGAACGGCAGUCGGCCCGAUUAAGAUGUUUACAUCAAAAGAAAGUGCCAUUAUUGCUUCCAGAAAUGAGAAUACCCAACUACUUUGGUCCACUGCCUGCUGUGUGUGAGAUAUCGUCGCGGUCGUGUUGUUUUUGGCUUUGUGGCAGAUGUUUUUUUUAAAUCUUCAUGAUAUAUGAAACAAGAAAAACACGUGUUUAUGCGCGUUAACGCAAGCAUAAAUAUGCGUAAAUAAAUUGUGAGUCUGGUUUAGCGGAGACACGUUCAUGGCUCAUCACGAUUGGCUGGGAAAUAACUUUGCCUAACCUAAGCGUUGUAUAUUUGUUUUGUUUAAAAUCCAGUGGUGGUUGGUCGGUGUGGGCUUACUGGAGCCGCAUCCCCCUUUAAAUGUUACUUUAAAGAGAGAGCGUUUAAAAUAUAUCUUAAUUUUUAAGUAAAAAAAAGUUAAAACCCCCAUUUAAAAGUAAAAAAAAGGGGCGAAUUUAAAGAAUUAAUUUUGUUUCAGAGUUGAAACGAUCCGGACAAGAAUUGAAGAAUGGGGUUCCAGAUUCCACAACUCCAGUAAGAUCCACAUUGUGGCUUCUCAAUGGCUGAUUAACCAUAAAUACCAUAUCAGCCCAAGCCAAUAUCGCGGGUGUAUUAACCAUAAAUACUAUACAUCGUCUGCUUCACCGUGGACAUUAGAAGUUCUUCGAAAAGAGCAGGGCAUGGAUUCCAGCGUCACGGUCCACAUUUGACAAAUUUGCUGCAGACUAACUCAAUUUGCAGAUUAAAAGAGCAAUCGUCGCCAAUUACUACAAAACUACUGCAUACAGUACUUUGUGAGAACCUUGGUGAUAGCCCUUUCGCUCCAAGAAUGCCAAGAAUGUAUUAAGUGUACCAACGAUUUCGUUUGAACGGCACCAACCCACCAAAUGUGAUCCAACAGCCGCCAAUCUUACAAAUCUCAGUGAUGAAGCUUUCGGUAUAGGGUGUUUUCUCAAUUCUGUGUGUGCUUUGAGACGGCUUUCCAGCUGGCGAGUUAAAACUACUAAGCAACAUCGCUGUCGCCUUAGUGUCUUUGUAUUGCUGAUUAACUUGACCUCUCUUUCACUUAGCGAAACGUUGGAAUCUUGCCUGUUUGACGACCGUGUUUAUGAAUUGAUCGAACUCAAGUUUUUAAUGCGGAGAAGGGAAAAAAACAAGUAUUUUGUAAAAAAAAAAUAUGUACAGUUUUGGCACUCGUAAUUUCACGUACAUUAAUGUCAGUAUUGAUCUAUAUUUUUGUUGCAGUAACCAAUAAAUUAGUCACUUUAGCGCCUUACAGGUGAUCAAAAGAGAAACUCAACACGGAGUGAUGAAGUGUUAGUGUGAUUUCCGUCGUUGAAAGGCUCAAUGCUAUUUCUGUCGGCAGUUCCAUGUAGAUUGAAUAGACGUAGCGAAAUUAAUCCAAGGUCGGUUCAGAAAAUAUACUACGUAACUAAAAUGAUUAUUAAUAUUUUAUGAGAAAACGAAGUGAUUUGAUCCAUGUACCUUUCUACCUGUAAAUUAUAUAUUGUACA